GAGAUGGUUGUCGUUUGAGCGGAUUUGUUGCUCACACAUUAACAUGGUCAUGUUCUUCUUAACUCACUUGGUUUUCAUUACGGAUAAAGCUCAUAUGUAAAUGUUGUAGAUUUUAACAUGACCGUAUCUCUUUAUUCGACACGUAUUCCUAUUUUACAGCCAUGGAUUUCCACAUCAGCUUUAACGUCGCCAUGGUGAUAGCAGUUGUUCUGGGGGAGGCCGUUAGCGCCCUCUUGUAUUCAAACAGCCAUGUGUUGGGGAAGAGACUCGGUGAUCGCUACCUCGUAACAGCGCUGAUCUGUGACGUGGGACUCGUCAUCUUCCUCAAAUACGUCAUCGAACAACACUGGUCGGUGGGCGGAUGGCAGGAAGCCCUAAUCUUGUCACUGUGGCUGUCGCUCUUCUUCGUCUGUCUCGAGGGACCCCACACCGUUCACAACAGCCUUGACACUUUAUCUCAUUUCUCCGGGCAUGUCGCUCACAAGUUUACUCUGAUAUUCGUCAUGAUUUUAUCACUCGUCUACUUCAAACGUUACUAGACCUCGUUUUCAGUGAAGUUUACUAUAGAGUUGACAUUGAUGUAGACCAUUAAGAGCCUGCUGAACGAUAAAAGACAUUUUCCAAAAGCCACGGCCUUUGACCCAAACCUGUAUAACAACUUGGUUCUAUUAUACCUAAGUAGCUUGUGCAAUACUGGGCUCGUAUUUACAAAGCAACAUAAGACUAAGGUCAUGAAUUCAAAGUGCUUUAUAAAGCCAAACUCAGAAAUAAUUAGAACACAAAUUAUGAUUGGUGCAUUGUUCUGCAGUAAAGAUUCGGUUUACAAAUUUUAAACUUGCUACAGCAAAACAUUUUCACUGUAGUUGUGGUUGAAUUUUUUACUUAAGUCUUAAGUCGUUUGAUAAAUAAGGGCAUUGGUGUAAACAUAGGGCGUGAAACACAUUGCGUGACACACAUGGCUCAGCGCCGACUAGCGGUGAUUGUGAUUUUGGUCCCAUUGGAAACGAAGCAUAGUUAUUUCGUGUCACUGAUGAGGGGCUACAAUGGGUUAAGAUCAGAAGUAUAACAGAGAUUUGGAAUGCGAGUAUUAAGCAUUAAUAUAGUUGACGCGUAAAGGGGAUACUAAGAUUCGUUGUUAAAUGUUACGUUUUGAUUUAUUUAGCUGUGGUCGUCUUACUUUAAUAAAUUUCCAUGUUGUAUUGUUAACCUAUGUCUGAGUCCAGUUUUAGGACAGUCGUCAGUCUGGCAUUUUAGCCGACUCUUGGCCGGUCAGGAAGAAAACACUAGUUGUCUCCCGUUACACAGUAUUACAUGGCCUCGGACCCCGAUUAAUUUUCCAUAAGCGACAAUGUUAACGUCUAGCGCUGUAGCUCAGUCCCAAACAUUCCGUGGCCAUUAAGCUUUGGUGCAUACCUGGCCCAGCCUGUGAGAAAGAAGCCAUAAAAAUCUUGACAUAGGUUGACCGUCAAAAUCUGGACCUUUCCAUGCCGGCAGCUGGGAGGCGUGCCUAGCAACGCCAAGGGGACGUCACUCGCAGCCUCAUCACUACCUCACACCUUGUGUCCUCUCGCCCAGAAUUUCAAACUUUCAUCAAUAAAGCUCAUACCUCCUCAAAGUUUAGACAGUUUCCAGCAUUUUAAUACCAAGCAUGCACCUGUGCACCAAAAAUGGACGCCUGGGAGCAAAAAAAGACUUUAUACCCUAAAAUUCACAGAACUACAAUCGUCCCUACAGAAAAACGGAAGUUGUAAUGGGGGUCUUUGUCCACAUUACAAGAGCUCGUGCCCCAUUUUGAUUUCCAUAUCGGUUUCAAUGUGAUUUUGCCAAGGUCGGUCAAGGCCUUAUAUUCAGUGGAGGAAUUGCACGUGUACUUUUGGAAGACAAAUCAAUAAUCUGCAAACUGUGGAUCCAAUUGAUCCUCUCAGAAAAAGAAACAAAUGUUUUAGGCUUCAGUUUACUUUUUGUGUAAUAAAGAUCUAAAUAUAUAU